CCUGUUUUAUAGGGAUCGGUGUCGUCGCUCACUCGCCCUCAACUUUCUCCGUCAUCGCGCUCUCCUGAUCCACGAUGCCAGCAGUUGCCGCAGGUAGAGUGCUCGUCACUGGUGUCAAUGGGUACAUUGGUAUAUGGGUUGCCCGGGUGCUACUCGAGAAGGGCUACACUGUUCGCGGCACUGUCCGUUCUGAGGGCAAGGCGCAGCACAUCCGCCAACUGUUCAAGCCUUUCGGCGAGCAGUUUGAGAUGGUGAUUGUGCCCGAUAUCACCAAGGCCGGGGCGUUCGACGAGGCCGUCAAGGGCAUGGACGCCGUUGAGCAUACCGCAUCCCCAUAUCACUUCAAGGCGGGCGAUCCCAACGAGCUCAUCGUGCCCGCUCUGCACGGCACGACGCGCGUGCUCGAGUCCACGCUCGCGUACGGCAGCUCCGUCAAGCGCGUCGUGAUCACGUCGAGCGUUGCGGCCGUGCUGGAGGCAAAGUCGACGCCGCGCGUGUUCACGGAAACGGACUGGAAUGACGAGUCCGUCGUGGAGGUGCGCGAGAAGGGCGUGCACGCGAGCCAGGCGGGCAAGUACCGCGCGAGCAAGACGCUCGCGGAGCGGGCGGCUUGGGACUUCGUCGAGAACAACAAGGGGAGCAUUGGCUGGGAUCUGGUUGUGCUCAACCCGCCGAUGGUGUUUGGUCCGGCCAUCCAUGAGGUGGGCGCGCCCGAGGCGCUCAACGAGAGUAUGCACAAUUGGUUCCAUAGUGUUUUCCGUGGUUCGCAGGACCCGAAGCAGCUGGGGACGUUGGGGAUGGCUUGGGUUGACGUGCGCGACCUCGCCGACGCCCAUGCGCUUGCCAUUGAGAAAGAGGAGGCUGGCGGUAACCGAAUCAUCAUUGCGUCUGGUCCCUACAAGUGGCAAGACUGGAUCAAUGCCUCGCGUGCGGCGGGUGCGCCUGCGCCGCCCGGCGACCAGUCCUACAACCCAGCGAAGGCCGUGCAUAUGUUGAACUUCGAUCAUUCGAAGAGCAUCAAGUUGCUCGGAUUGAAGUACCAUAGCAUCCAGGAGACCACCUCGGACAUUGUGGGGGACCUGAAGGCCAGGGGGUGGCUCUGACUCUGAGCUGAGCAUGCAUGUUUGGGUUUUUGAAGUUUGGAAGGGCAAUGUUGUCAUUCACUAUGAUGUAGCAUUAGCACCGCGCAAAUGGAGGCACGAGGCCGUGCUUAGCAGUGGUAAUUCACGGGUUGCAGAGUCUGAAUAAUCGUUCGAAGUUGCAUUGGGUCCUCCGCUCACCGUAUUCAACACUCUCGGUCAUCGCGCUCACUACGACACUGCUGAGCAUCCAGUGGAUGUCAUUGACACUAGUAGC